AUGUCAGACUUUGAUGUCAGAUCAUCAUUCAUAUCAGUGGUAGACCACUUACCUUCAGAUAUUAUCAGAAAACUAUGGCUCAUCCAAACGUUAAACAUUAGUUAUGAGACAACAAAGGAUGAAUUAUCUAUGCUUUUAGGACAAAUUCAAAAACCAUCCAUACCCAGAGAGACAUAUCUAUCGAAGGUUUUUCAAAUCAACAAAGUUGCCGCUAAACUACGAUCCAUUCGACUGGAAUCUUUGGAAGAAGCUAAAUCAAUCAAUUCCACCAUCAAAAUUACCAAAUUGAGUUUACAAAAUCAAUAUAGUCAAUUAGAACAUGAUCAAAAAAAUUUUAAACAUGAAUUAGGUAUGAAUGGUAAGACUCGUCAAAAAGUUGAACGAUCAAAUAUUAAAAGAACUUCAAAUAGAUUAUCUUCAACCAAACAACCAAAAAUUACUCUUAAAUUGAAUUUGAAUCCAAAACCAAAUUCUAAUCAAGAUGAUUCCCCACAAAAGAGAAGAAGAGGUAGACCUUUCAAAAUUAUUCAACCCACUACACCUGAAAGAACACCAGAACCAACAACCACUAUUAGUAAAUCUAAGAAACGCAAGCGUGGUGUACCAUCAAAACUUCAAAAGGAACAACAACUUGAACAAGAAGAACUACAAGAGGAAGGAAAUAGUGACGAAGAUGAUGACGAUGCAUUAUAUUGUAUUUGUCGAAGAUCAAGUUUUGGUGAAAUGAUUGCUUGUGACAAUCCAAAAUGUAAAUAUGAAUGGUUUCAUUAUAAUUGUGUUGGAUUAACAAGAGCUCCAAGGGGUAAAUGGAAUUGUCCACCUUGUAAAAAAGCUAAAUUAAAGAUGAAAAAAUGA